UAUAUUUUGAAAUUUGGGCACAUAUAAUGUUAUGGUAUAAAACGAAGGAAGAGAAAAAGAAAAAGCGAUUAUGGCGACCUUUUCCAUGAAUCCAUGAUCCAUCCCCUUUGGACCUUUCAUUUAUUCGUUGCCAUUUUGGCGAGGGUGCUGUUCUAUAUGUUCUUGUUCUCAACCACUCUUUGCUCUCUCUCUAUUCUAAUUUCUAAGCCUCCAAUUUUGCUCCAAUUCAACCCAUUCACAUUCAUUUCCCAUGGCUGUGACGACGACGACCGGUGCCUCUGCCUCUGCCACUUUCUCUAUCUUUUCAAUGUCUCAAAUCCCAAAUCCCAAACCCUUCAUCCUUCAACCCCUUAAACCCAACCUACUCUUACCCUCUCUCAAAUGCAUUCAAUCCCAUUCAACCCCAUCCAAACUCAACCCCGUUUCAUGUUCUGCGCUCACUUUCUUCCCCUCUGAAACCGCCGAGCUUCUCGUUCCUUCCAAGCUCAGCUUUCUCGCCGACGAGUUCCGGUCAUUGCCGGAGCCCGUCGACCGGGUGAAGCGGCUGCUUCACUACGCGGGUCACAUGCCGCCGAUGGACGAGUCGGCGCGGGUUGACUCGAACCGGGUCAUGGGUUGCACCGCCCGGGUCUGGGUGGAGGUUAAGAUCGAUGGUGAAGGGAAGUUGAGGUUCGUCGCUGAUAGUGACUCGGAGAUAACGAGGGGUUUCUGCGCGUGCUUGGUUUGGGUGCUUGAUGGGUCUGAGCCAGAGGAGGUUCUGAAGGUAACCACCGAUGACUUGGUGGCUCUGAAUGUGGGGUUUCCAAUUGGGAGUGGGCGUUCGAGGAUGAACACGUGGCACAACGUUUUGGUUAGUAUGCAUAAGAAGACGAAACAGUUGGUGGCUGAGAAGGAAGGGAAGGUUCCUUUUGAGCCUUUUCCUUCGUUGGUUGUCACUGCUGAUGGAGUUCUUCCCAAAGGUAGCUACGCCGAAGCACAGGCAAAAUACAUGUUCCCUAAUGAGUUAAAAGUUAAUGAACUAGUCAAUGUGCUGAAGGAGAAGAAAAUCGGUGUUGUUGCACACUUUUACAUGGAUCCUGAAGUCCAAGGCGUUUUAACUGCUGCUCAGAAGCAGUGGACACAUAUCCAUAUAUCUGAUUCACUGGUCAUGGCAGAUGCAGCAGUCAAAAUGGCAAAAGCCGGAUGCCAAUUCAUAACAGUGCUAGGUGUGGAUUUUAUGUCAGAAAAUGUGCGUGCCAUCCUUGAUCAAGCUGGUUUUAAUGAGGUUGGUGUGUAUAGAAUGUCAAAUGAGCGUAUUGGCUGUACUCUGGCUGAUGCUGCAGCUACUCCUAAUUAUAUGGAGUAUCUUGAGGCAGCUUCUAGGUCUACUUCUUUGCAUGUCAUAUACAUUAACACUAAGUUAGAGACAAAGGCCUAUGCUCAUGAGCUUGUGCCAACAAUAACCUGUACUUCAUCAAAUGUUGUCCAGACUAUUCUACAGGCAUUUGCUCAAGUGCCAGAUUUGAGCAUAUGGUAUGGGCCAGAUUCUUACAUGGGUGCAAAUAUUAAAGAAUUGUUGCAACAGAUGACAAAAAUGACUGAUGAAGAGAUUGCUGCAAUACAUCCUGAGCACAAUCUGAACUCUAUUAGAUCAUUACUACCACGACUUCACUAUUAUCAGGAUGGAGCAUGCAUUGUUCACCAUCUAUUUGGUCAUGAAGUUGUGGAGAAGAUAAAAGAAAUGUAUUGUGAUGCAUUCCUUACUGCUCAUCUUGAGGUACCUGGAGAGAUGUUUUCAUUGGCAAUGGAAGCAAAGAGAAGGGGAAUGGGCGUAGUAGGCUCCACCCAGAAUAUUUUGGAUUUCAUAAAAGAUAGGGUUCAGGAAGCUUUGGAUAGAAAUAUCAAUGAUCAUCUCCAAUUUGUUUUAGGAACAGAAACGGGGAUGGUGACUUCAAUUGUGGCAGCAGUUCAUAGUUUGUUGAAGUCUGCGAAGUCCUCUUCUCAAGGGACAAAAAUUACUGUUGAAAUAGUAUUUCCAGUUUCGUCAGACUCAAUCUCAAGAACAACCUCAAGUUUGUCCUCAAGUCUUCAUUCUGUUGAAGUGGGUGAUGUCGUGCUUCCUGUUGUACCAGGAAUAGCCAGCGGGGAAGGUUGUUCUAUUCAUGGUGGCUGUGCAUCUUGUCCAUACAUGAAGAUGAAUUCUCUUAGCUCACUCCUAAAAGUUUGCCGUCACCUACCUGAUGAAGAAAAUAUUCUUUCUGCAUACAAGGCAGAGCGAUUUAAGUUGCAGACUCCAAAUGGAAAAUCAGUGGCAGAUGUUGGUUGUGAACCAAUUUUGCACAUGAGGAACUUCCAGGCUACUAAAAAGCUUCCAGAGAAGCUAGUUGGUCAGAUUCUUCAUCCCCAAGACAGACGAAGAUAGAUGUGAUAAACUUGCGAAAAAAAUGUGAUGUGCAGACAGAAAUAUGUGCUGCUGUGUUGUGAGAAAUUCCAAGUUGCAAUAAACGCUAGAUCUGCGCAAAGUUUUUUCUUCUAGCAUGGUAAUGAUUGCUGCAGCCAGUUUUUGUUGUAUGGUAGUUUCCCCUUCUCAUAGGAAGCUUCUAACACUGCUUAUUUAGAUAAGAUCACAAAAUAUAGUUUGAUAUCAGAUAUAGAGAAAUGAAUCAAAUAGCAUUUUUGGCUUAUCCCCCCACUCUUUUUUUUAAUAUUUUUAAAUAUACAGCUCCGUGCGUAGGGCUUUUUUGUAUUGGACCAAGAAAUGCUUAUCGCCCCUCUGUUUAAGGCAGAAGUCCAACCCUCUAUUUGUCA